GUCAAGAUGGCGGCUGCUGGGAAGGGCAAGAAGAAAGUUGUUGACCAGCAGGAGCUACGGCGGUUAAUGAGGGAGAAGCAGCGGGCGAGCGCGGUUGGAAAGAGGAUCGACUCCCCAUUCGCUAAAUAUCCUUUCGGAAGGUCCGAAGGAAGUGGGAGUUAGAUCUCCUCUGUCACACCGGGAAACGGAUUAAACUCGAAAUCAGGAAGACUUGUCAGGGCUUAGGGGUGUCUUCUGGUCUGUUCCGUGACCUGGGUUUCUAGUACAUUUGAAGUGACACUAGCCACCUACGCCAGUCAGCAGCUUGCAUUUAUAGUCCACCUCGUCCUACCCUCGAAGUGCUUUGCAUUAGAGGGGUUGCCAGGCGAAAUUAAAGGGAGAGGCAAGGAGUGUCAGCACAAACCUGGUUAAUUCGGGAAAGGGAAGAUUUUCCCUUGAAAAUGAUGGUAGUGAAAAUAAAAGGAUCCGUGAACCUUGAGAAACUAAAAACUACAAAACAAACAACAGGACCAUCACAUGUUAAUGCACCAAGAUUUUCUGUAGGAAAAAGGAAAGUUACAGAUCCAGAAUCGCAAACAACAAAGAAGGUCAAAGCAUUCUGUGAAUCCACGGGUUCUGGGUUACCACCUGAUAUUAUUAAUCCAGCAAACAAAGUUUCUCAACAGCCAAAGUCUUCACAGAAUUCUGGACUUGGAUUAACUGUUAUUGGUUGUGAUGAAGAUAGCAAUGACACGGUAAAAGAGGGCAAGAAAGGUGUUGUGGCCCACUCAGCUCUUCCAGCACCAAUGGAAUCACAGGCUGGACAUGGUCUACCUGCUGACUUCUUUGAUAGCACCCUGGCACCUCCUGCUGUCCCUCAUUCUGGAUCCAUCCAGAAACCAGAACAAUCAGACAACACAGUGGAAAGGAAAGACAAUACAGCAGAGGCUUUACCAGAAGGAUUUUUUGAUGAUCCGGUAAAAGAUGCAAAAGUGCGGAAAGUAGACCCUCCAAAAGAUCAAAUGGACAAAGAAUGGGAGGAGUUUCAGAAAGAAAUCAGACAGGUCAAUACGGUUUCAGAAGCAAUUGUAGCUGAAGAUGAUGAAGAAAUUCGUUUUGAUAGACAGAUAGAAGAAAUUGAUGAACAAAUAAUGUGCUACAAACGUAUAGAGCACUUGCGAGAUCGUCAAGAAACAGUAAAACAACUGAUGGCAGCAUUGAAAGGCAGGCAAUCCCAAAGUGACAAUGAAGUUGACACAGAUGAAGAAGAAGAAUUUCAGGAAUUCCUUUCAGGCGAUUGGCGUGCAAAGGGAACCUUACUUUAGUACCCUGGAAAUUUCAAUUUCUGACUUGAAGAAAGUUUUCUGCAAACCUUAAUGAACAUUCAACUGAAACUGGUUUCUGAUUGUUUAUAUCACAUGAACUGGGAAAUGAAUGAGAACAUUAGCAAUUAAACACUUUGGAGAAAGUAUUCCUUUUUUUAUACUCGUAAAUAAAGCCUACUUGAAAUGUCUGUGCUUUGGUUGUUGCAUUAAAAUUAAGUUGAAUCCAG